CAACCGGCUGGUGAUGCUGUACUCCUAUUUUCUCGGAUAGUUCCAACUGGCGAGGAUCGUAGUCCUCGCGGGUGCGUGUUGUUGCUUGGUGCGUUCUAGUGAUUUGUGAGUUCUAAGUGACAAACGGAUUUUGUGUUUUCGGAAAGACUUGUGCACAAACCAAAACGAGUGACAAAGUGUCCGAGUUUAGAAUUCGACUGGUGAAGCGUUUAGUUUAAUACGUGCAGGAGAAAGUGUACGUGUCUAUGAGAAAAACGGUUAAGAUUCGAUUCGUAUAGAAUUGAUCCUAUCCAUACGCAGUACAAAGCGGGAAAAACCCAACAGAUUGCGUGUCAGUGUUACUGACUCUGUGAUACCGUUUGUUUUUUUAUCUCUGCGGAAAAUUUGUGAUAUUGUUUCAAUUCAGCAGGAUUUCAACGUUAGAGUUUACAUCACGAUGACUACGGCUUAAAGCGGCAGCGUGUUUUCGUUUGCUGACAGACGACGGUUCGAGGAGGAUUGCACUGCACGAUUAGAUUCCCACGCAAGCGAGAAGGAUAAGAAGGAAAGCAAUGACGACGACGCCGGGUUUCCCGCUCGAUGCCAGCCGAAAACGAAUCAUCAAGUUCGCAUUUCUGGGGCUGCUGUUCAUCGUGUUGGGCUGCACCGUUGUGGUGAUUGACCCGACCGAUAUGAUCGUGACAAAUAUGUUAUCUAUGUAUGAAGGUUCCUACCUGCAUCGGUUGUGGAAGAAACCGCCGUUAGAUGUGUUCAUCAGCAUUUACGUGUUUAAUGUGAGUAAUGCCGAUGCGUUUCUUCGCGGUGAGGAGAAGAUCCGUGUGGUGGAGGUCGGUCCAUACGUAUACCAAGAGUACCUGGAAAACCACAAUUCAACGUUCAACGCAAACGGAACUUUAAGUUUCACACCCGUCCGUCGGCAGGUGUUUGUCCCCGAACGCUCGAUCAGUGAUCCUCAGCAGGAUUUAAUCAUCGUGCCAAACAUCGCACUGCUUGGAGUAUCCAGUGCAGCAUACCGGAUGUCAACGUGGGCCUCGCUUGCCGUAGCAGCCGCUCUUAAGCCCCUAGGAAUGUCUCCUUUCCUUAACAUCAGUGUGCGUGAUCUGCUCUGGGGCUACGACGACCCACUAGUCAAGGUCGCAUCAACCCUCAUACCAGACAUAAUAAACUUCAAGAAGAUCGGCAUUCUCGAUCGCAUGUUCGAUGACGGCUUCGAUACAGUCACGAUCAACCUGCCAGAAGCGGUGCAGAAUCUGCGCAAAGCCAAGGUUGUCGCCGAUGUAGAUGACGAUGUUGACCUGGUGGAGGAUGAGUAUUUCGCCGAAGAUGUUCUACAAAUCGUGGCCGACGAUGAUGAGGACGCGGAAAAAAGUGACGCUGAUGAGAUUAUCCGCAACUACUCGAUUGAUUUGUGGAACGGUUCCCCCGGACUAGCCCAUUGGGGUUACGUAGGGAAGGACCACUGGGAUGCUCAGCGCAAAAAUACACCCUGUAAUACACUCCAAGGAUCGUACGAUGGAACGGUGUUCCCGCGGAACAUUUCCAAGACGGAAAUAUUUCGAGUGUACCGGAAAGCGUUCUGUCGAACGCUACCGAUCGCUUUCGAGCGGGAAGGCGAACACGACGGCAUCAAGGCGUACUGGUUUGCGAUCCAGGAGAAUGCGUUCGAAAGCUCGCUGGACGAUCCGUACAGUUCGUGCUACUGCCGGAAUGGACACUGUUUGCCCAGGGGACUGGGCGAUCUGAGCCCCUGUUGGUAUAAUAUUCCAGUUGCCGUUUCUUUGCCACACUUUUACAAGGGUGAUCCGGCACUGGUGGAAGCUAUCGAUGGACUGAAACCGGAUAAGGAGAAACAUGAUGCGGUCAUUAUUAUGCAACCGCAACUAGGAAUUCCCAUGAAAGCAAGCAUCCGGGUGCAGAUUAGUUUGCUGACGAAUGUCAGCUUCAAUGCAGACCUUCGACCGUUCCAUAAUCGAGUGAUUCCCCUUAUCUGGGCUGAAAUGGCAGUCGAGAAGCUUACACCGGACAUCGUGAUGCUGCUGCACCUGCUGUUCGACUUUGCACCGUACCUGCAGAGUGGGUUCGUGUAUUUGCUGUGGCUGCUCGGUGUUUCGCUACUGGCCACGAUGGCGCUGUCGCUGCUGCUGUGCACGCGACAUACCGCCCUCGAGUACGACCCGCGCAAGUCGAUCCGAUACUCGACCGUCAACAUCAUACCGUACCCGCUGCGAAAGGAGCUGGAGAAGUACGGCAGUGCCGUGACUGCCGCCACAACUGAAAGCGAAAUCCGCCGCGAGCCGCUGCUGAUUGAAAACGAGGCCCAGUACUGCUAGAAGCGAAGCGACCGAGGGGGCGGCUUCCAUCAGGCCGAUUUUAUCCGCUUGCGGAUAGGAUCUUUGCGCAAUUAUUCUUAUAGAAUAACUUAGUCAUUGUGAUAGUUAAGGCUCAGUUUUAUUUUGUUUAGUUGUUUUGACUACCGGUCAAGCGUAAAAGUUUUACAUGUCAACACAGCACAGCUCCAUCCGUCCGUUACUUUUUUUUAUUUCUGCUGAACGCAGGAAACUCGCCUAAUAAAGAGUUGAAACUGUGAUUCCUACAAUAGCGAUUAUGAUAACAAUUUGCUAUAAAAAAACACAAUGCUAACAAUACCUAACAAAUGGUUUCAUUGAGCGCGGCAAUUUUCCCGAUACAGCGUAGGGUUAAAUAAGGUGUUGUAACUAUUAGACAAGUACGUAUGUUGGGUAUUAUAGAAGUUAACGUUUAAUUUAAUUUUCCCACACUCUAGUUAAGAUAUAAACGUAAGAUAUAAACGAUUAGAAUAAAACUUUUGCUUGUAAA